AUGGGUAACGAAUGGGAAGGUGGUGAUGUAGAAAAGGGUGCAAAAGUUUUCAAAACUAAAUGCGCACAAUGCCAUGUCGUUGAGAAAGGAGCUGGUAAUAAACAAGGACCUAAUCUUAAUGGUUUAUUCGGUCGACAAACUGGUCAAGCUCCAGGAUUUAACUAUAGUGAUGCUAACAAAAACAAAGGAAUCACUUGGGGUGAAGAUACACUUUGGAUUUAUUUAAAAGAUCCAAAGAAAUACAUUCCCGGUACCAAAAUGAUCUUUGCUGGAUUGAAGAAAGAAGAUGAACGACGUGAUUUAAUUGCUUAUUUAAAAGACGCCACAAAAUAA